CCCAUUGGUCUGCCCAGGAAUCCAUUUCCAUAAAGAGGAUCUGGGCAUUUUGCUGAGGCAUCGCAACUCACCAUAUAUACCGUAUUUCCUUUUUCACUGUGUGGCUUUGGCAGUGUUUCUUUUCUUCCACAAGUGUGUGGAGGUCCUCCUCUUCUUCUUCAUCUUCUUCUUCUUCUUGUCCUCGUCUCGAUAGGUUGUGACGCCCCAAAAACACCAAGAUGUCUGAGAAAAAGAUGACUUCGAGCCGCAGGCAUCACCUGAAGAGCCUGAUCCUGUCCAUCGCUGCCGGCUGGCUGGAGCAGGAGAAGAAGGACGACAUCGCGGCCAAGGAGGCCUACAUGGCCCAGAACUGCCCCCCCCCAACCAUGAGCGGAGACCAGGCCGCCCUCAUGGAAAUCUGCAAGAAGCUCAACGCCCAAAUCGAGAAGAUUGACGAGGAGAGGUACGACAUCGAGGCCAAAGUGCUGAAGGCCGACAAAGAGAUUGAAGACCUGAAGAUCAAGGUGGUGGAUCUGGCCGGCGUGAAGAAGCCCGCCCUGAAGAAGGUGCGCAUGUCGGCCGACACCAUGCUGAAGGCCCUGCUGGGCUCCAAGCACACGGUCAACAUGGACCUGAGGGCCAACCUCAAGCAGGUCAAGAAGGAGGUCAAGGAGGAGCCGAGUGAAGCGGCGGGCGACUGGCGUAAGAACGUGGAGGGAAAGGCCGACAGGAAGAAGAUGUUCGAGACCUCCUAGACGCGUCGCUGCUGUUAGUCUGUUGUUGUUGUUGUUGUUGUUGUUUAUAAUGUGAACGCCACGUGUCUUAUGUGUGUUGGUUGAGCCAGAAAGUUGCUUCAUGUUUCGGGUUAGCAUGUCUGAGAGAAGUCGCUCUGCAGGA